CGGCCCGUAUAUGGCUAGCUGUUGUGAGAAGAUGGUGUGGUUGCCGUUCAGACAUGUUCAGUAGAUCUGGGAAAACGUUCCACCUGUACAGAUUUAGCUUCUGGAAAGAUUUCAUAUCUGAUGAGAAUUCCUUCUGUCUGGAAAAUUACAUCAGGAUAGAACUAGAGCGUCCUGUGAAGUGCCCUUGGAACUGAACAGAGAUUGCCCUCAGACAUGGAGGAUCACAGGAAACAGAUUGGCGGGGUGCUUCUCUUUGUGAUGGGAAUAACAUUUGUUUGGGGCGAGUUGUGUGGCAACUGCUUGAGUCAGUGUAAUGAGGAAACCGGAGAAUGUUCCGGAAAGUGUGCUCUUGGCUGGGAUGGUCCUACUUGUUCCAGACGAAAUGUGGCAUUUAACCAAAGCACGACACAGUCUUCGGAUUAUAGCCGCAACGGGUUCAACUUCACCUCCGGACUCGCCGUUGAUGGUAGGACUGGACAUGAGAUUUUCACGACACCAUAUACAUGUACUUUUACUGGAAAUCCACAUGCCGCGUUCUGGACGGUGGCCCUGGAUGCACAGUACAAUAUCCAUAGGUUCAGGAUAUAUAACAGGAAUGAUCCUGGCUGCAACGGUCCGUGUGGUCAACGACUUAGCGGCUUCUCUCUGUCCGUUGGAAACUCCUCUCAGAAUUACAAAGUCUGUUACCAGGACACCACCACAGCCGAAAAAGGUCCCGGGGAUAUCAUCGACGCACUUUGUAACGUCAGUGGUCCUGUGUUUGGGGACACUGUAAAUAUCUCGAUAUACAAACCACUUAGUCUGUGUGAAGUACAGAUUUUCGUAUGUGCCCCCGGGACGUAUGGACCAGAGUGUGAGAGCAGAUGUGGGAACUGUGCUAAGGGACCGUCUGUAUGUAACACAACAUCCGGACACUGUCCACAGAGAACACCCAGGUGCAUGGAGGGAUACUCUGGUCUGAAAUGUGACACAGAAUGUAGAAACAACACGUGGGGGAAAGAUUGCCAAGAGACAUGUGGGAACUGUUACAACAAAACUGAGUGUGACGCUGUCACUGGUGAAUGCCCUGUAGCGACGGGGAAUCCCCGGUGUGACCGUGGAUAUACCGGAACUGAUUGUGUAAAAGAAGCACAAAUAUCACCUGGCGGUAAGGUUGACCCUGCAUACAUAGGCGGUGGAGUGGCUGUAGCUGUCGUGUUGAUCACUAUAGUUGUUGUCGUUGUCAUUGUCACAGUUAGAAGACGACGUAGAGAAGCCCACAAGUCUGUUGAUCAUGACCUUCAGACAGAGGGUAGAAUAUUCCAACCAGAUAACAGGGAGCCACAGGAUAACAUAGCGUUUGAGGACGACAGCAAUGAUCAGGAUGACGAAUCACACGGUGACGUCAAUCCUUACGUUAACGCUGACGUCGUCCCCUCCACGGUGCCUGUCGAGGAGUUCCCAGACUACUUCGUGAGGAGAAAUGCCGGAAAAGGAUUCAAGAAAGAAUUUGAGACAUUCCUGGUGGGCUUGCAGGCAAAACACACUGCGGCGGACAGACCCAAGAACAAAGCCAAAAGCCGUUAUCGCAGCCUUGUAGCGUAUGACCAUUCUAGGGUGUUGUUGUCCGUGACAGAUGACCAGGACACGGAUUACAUCAAUGCUUGUUAUAUCAAUGGUUACAACGAACCAAAAAAGUACAUUGCUUCACAGGGGCCCAAUGAUGUCAUCCUGGACGAUUUUCUGCGCAUGAUCUGGGAACAGAAGUCUGGGAAGAUCGUCAUGGUGACCAACCUAAAAGAGGCAGCAAAGACCAAGUGCUCUCAAUACUGGCCUGAUGAAGGAUCAGAGAAUUUUGGUCUGAUCACAGUGACAUUACUGGAGGAGGAGAAUUACGCGGAUUUCACCGUGAGAACUCUGCAACUGACACACAUUAAGAGAAAGCAGGAAAGUCAAACUGUGAAACAGUUCCACUUUACGGCCUGGCCUGAUCACGGUGCGCCUGCGCACGCUACUGCAUUACUCGACUUCCGGGAUAAAGUUAACAGUUGUCAGACGCAAUUCAGUGGACCAGUUGUCGUGCACUGUAGUGCCGGUGUGGGUCGUACGGGAACAUACAUAGCUCUGGAUUACCUGAUCGCCCAGGCUCAUGACGAGGGGAUGGUGGAUGUGCCUGCCUGUGUUAGGCAACUCCGGGAACAGCGAGUUAACAUGGUCCAGACUCUGGAGCAGUACAAAUUCCUUCACGAAGCGCUUGCAGAAGCGUUAAAACCUGGAAGUAACAGUGUUCGUAGUGUGGAAUUCCCUCGUGUCUUUGCUGAGUUGAUUACCCCAGACCCAGAAACCGGCAUGACGAAGAUUGCGGAACAGUUCCAGUCUCUCCAAAGGCUGACAGCUCCCCUGGAUAAAGCUGUUCUUACCGCGGCACGUCAUCCGGACAACGUCUCCAAAAACAGAUCAGACAGAAUCCUGGCAGCGGACACAUGCAGACCGUACCUGUCAACUCCUGUACCUGACGGCAAUAACUACAUCAAUGCUGUAUACCUGCCAACGUUCAAAUCGAGGAGGGGUCUAAUUAUCACUCAGACUCCUCUGUCCAGCACAGAUCUGGAUUUCUGGCGUCUGGUGUACGACCACGGCAUAACUGUCAUCGUCAUGAUAGACUUGCUAGAGCGAGAUGAUAAGGACCUUGGGAUAUACUGGCCAUUGCAAGGAAAACAUUUUGACCCAUUUGUGGUGAAAGUCAAGGACAAAGAAGAGUGCGAGGGCUUUUCGGUGUGGACGUACCAUUUGUCUCACAAGGAUACGAAAGUAAUGCACCCUAUCAAGCAGUUCCGGUGUAACUUUUGGACCGGGGAUCCAGCCCUUAACUCGAUAACCCCACUGCUGUCCGUCAUAGAAGAGGCGACGCAGUGGCAGCAAAAGACAGGCAAUGUACCAGUUUUGGUACACUGUAGAGACGGCGUGACGAAAAGCGGUCUGUACUGUGUGGCCACCUCAGUAAUAGAGAGACUGAAGAUGGACGAGGAAGUGAACAUCAUCCACACGGUGAAACAGAUGAGGGCCAACAGGCCACAAAUCAUCACAGAUCUGAAUCAGUUCCAGUUCCUGCAUCAAGUGGCUCUGAAGUAUCUGGAGACAGCCCACACAUAUGCUAACUUCGUGUAGAAAUCAUCUGUCCCGUUCUUACCGUGGUGUGUAGAAAGAACAUUGCCUGUGACUUCUAUAUAUCCAUCCGCUGGGAAUCUAAGGAUCCAGUUCUGGAAAUCACGAAUGAAGAUCCCGACUGUUUGUUCAUUUUGAAAUGACUGGCUUUAUUCUGUACUAUAAUCAUAGUCUCUCCAAAUAGCAUACAGUUGAUUCUGUUGUCUUGAAGGUUUGUGAUAACUAUUGUUAUUGCAUGUAAGCAUGUAAAUCCGAAAGUACAGAUAAUAUCAGCUGUACGUGUAGUAUCAGAAGUACAUGUAAUUCAAGAAGUACGUGUAAAUAGAGAGGGUUAUGCCCACAUGUAUAUGUACUGUUAAUCUUUUUAGGAUUCUUUUGUCUGCCAGCUUCAACCGAUUUUCGCGGCUUGCAUUCACAAAUUGCAUUGGAAUUUUACCUGAAAAUUUUCGCUUUUUGUGGUGCUCUACUAAAACAUGACCAAACCGCGUCGUAACGCGUUUGUUUAUAAAUAAGAAUACGUUUAAUUGAAAUACCCCAAGGAAAUGUAGGAAAUCAUUUUUCACACGCGAAUCAUUCAGUCAUGGAAUGGUUUUUGUACGGCUGACUGGAUAGGAUGCAUUUGUUUAUCGGCUUGUGUAUACAAAUUGCACGGGCUUUGAACUAAAGCUUUGUCUGGCUUUUCGUGAUGUUCUAAGACAUGACCAGAGCGCGUCGUAACAUUCGUUCACCAAUGGGAAUACCUCAGAUAGCUCCAGAUCGGCUGUUUCGUUGUAGAAUGCUUAAAUGCGCAUUGGAUCAUAUAAAAAAAAUGUAUUAUACAUGUAUAAAACGAGCGUGAUAUACUGCUUUAAAUAUGUAUGUGCUGCAGGCAAUUACGGCCUCAAUAAUAUUUUCUUUACUAGGUAUUACAGACGAUUUUUGUGUUCCUUUUAAUGAUUUGUGUGUGUGACUAUGGUUCUGAGUUGUGCAACACAUGUACCUAUAGAAAACAGCAACAUGUAGCAUCAGUAAGAUCCGUGGGCCAGCAAAGUAUAAACAGAGAUUGCAUCCAUCUAACGUAGAAGAUCAUCAUAUAUGCGUAUGUGAACACCAAAGGUAAACCUUCUUUAUGCAGGUCUAUGCAAGUUUCUACAAAGAAGAACUGUUAAAUACUAGAAAUAAAAGGGUGCGGGGACAAGUAUAGGGAGGCUCUGUCCUAAAAUUUUUGUGCAAACUUAUAAAACUGAAUUCACAGGCGUAGGUUAUUGAUAACGCUAUCUUCACAUGGCUUUGUAUUAUUAUCAUAGGAGAAACUGUUUUACUUUAAAUAUUUAACAUGAAGUCAAGUCAUUAAUGUGUAAAUGUUUUCUUUACUAUUUUCACACAAGUGUGAACUGUUUUCCGAAUAUUAUACGCUCGUGUGUUUUUUUUAAGACACUGUCACGUUACAUCACCUCAUACAAUACAGAUGGGCUUUUAUUUUGCAUGAACU